AAUGUCAUUUUCCCGCCGGGCGAUCUGUUUAUUUAACCCUUCGAGAGGCAGCUCUCUCCAUCUCCGCGCCCUCCUUCCCAAGCCAAGCCGCUCGCCUCCCCUCCCAGCCCAGGAGGCUGUUCUUCAGUCUACAGCAGUCGUCUUUCGUUCCCGACCUCCUUGUCUCUCUUUUCUCCUCCAGCGACCUUUCCGCUCUUCCCAAAGAUUCGCUUUCACUUUCGGAGCGCCUUCUUCUCCCGGCUGCUCCUCCUCCUCCUCCUCUUUGGUUUCUGUCGCUGUUUGAAGAGCUGAAGUCCUCGCUUCCAAGGGACGCCUGAAAGCAGGACCUGGCCGGCCAAAGCGCCCAGAAAACCUUCUCCGGACAGAACUGAUCGAUUACUCGAUCGAGCCGUUCCGGGGCUGCUUUACAAUGAUUCCAGAUUGAUCAAGUAAAAAAGAGGUUUUCAUGAAAAACCCUGGUGCACAAAUCUCUGAAGGAGCCAACACACAGAGCGGCGAGCAAAAUAUGUUGUAACUACAUCGGGAUGUAGAAUCGAAUGACGCUCCAUCUGUAAGGUGCUUGAAAAGCUGUCGCAGUUGCAACAGCUCCGAGGAUUAGCUGGACUCUUCAUGUCCUAUCUUCGGCCCUUGCCCUCAAACUUCUUCGCUUGCCUCGAGUGCACCCCUCCAGCCGCUGCCUUGCUUUCUCAGCCCUCGCUUCGAAGGAUAUAAAAUGUACCAGAGCUUAGCUCUUGCUCCCAACCCGGGCCAGUCGGCAUACUCCCAUGACUCCAGCAAUUUCCUGCACUCGCCAGCCAGUCCAGCGGUGUACGUGCCCACCAGCCGGGUGCCCUCCAUGCUCCAGAGCCUGCCUUACCUGCAGAGUUGUGAACCUGCUCACCAGGGUCACCCGCUGAGCAGCCACCCAGGAUGGGCACAGACCACCAGUGCAGAAGCAUCGCAUUUCAGCCCCAGCAGCCCUCAUCCGCCAUCCAGCUUCUCCUACUCCCACAGUCCCCCUGGUGGCGGUAGUACCGGACGAGAUGGAGGGUACCAGAGCCCACUGUUACUAGGUACUGGGGGGCGUGACCAGUACGGCAAUACCCUGGUGCGGUCAGUCAAUGGAUCCUACUCCAGCCCUUAUCCGGGUGCUUAUGUCAGCCCCGCAGAGAUGCCGCCAUCUUGGACUGCAGGACACUUUGAGAGCAGUGUCUUGCAUAGCCUCCAGACACGGCAGGGGACCUUCUCUGGCCGGCGACCCACCUUCGAAUUCUUGGAGGAAUUCCCUGGGGAUGGCAGAGAAUGUGUCAACUGUGGGGCCAUGUCCACCCCACUCUGGAGGAAAGAUGGAACAGGGCACUAUCUAUGCAAUGCUUGUGGGCUCUAUCACAAGAUGAAUGGCAUUAACCGGCCGCUUAUCAAGCCGCAGAAAAGACUGUCCUCAUCUCGCCGUGCUGGCCUCUGCUGCACCAACUGCCACACAACCAACACCACACUCUGGAGGCGGAACGUGGAAGGGGAGCCCGUCUGCAACGCAUGUGGAUUGUACAUGAAGCUCCACGGGGUACCAAGACCUCUGGCAAUGAAAAAGGAGAGCAUCCAGACGAGGAAGAGGAAACCUAAAAAUAUCAGCAAAGGCAAAUCCUCAACAGGUUCCACGACUUCAACCACCAACUCCCCUUCCUCAGCAAGCACAGUCACUUUAAAAACUGAACCCGUGGUAACAUCACAAUAUCCAGGGCAAUCCAUAGUGUCAGCUUCCCAGGGUCCAAGCCAGUCUGAAGAUACACUGACUGAUAGCCACCCCCAGUUCAAGUAUGAACCAGAGGAUUACAAUUUCUCUCCAGGCACCAUGACACCACAGCAGUCGGGACUAAGCGUUCCCCUUCGCCAGGAUUCGUGGUGCGCCCUGGCACUGGCCUAGGAAACCAGUCUUCCUUGUAAAGUAAGAUGUGCUGCAGAGAACAACCUUUUCUUCUUAUGACAUUAGUGGCUCGCAGAUGCAAAGGACCUUCCUGCAUGGCCACUCUGGAUCAGAGAAUCUUCCUGUAAUCAACAACUGUUGUAGGUUGCAAAGACCGAUUUCUUUUUCUGCAGAGGCCUCGGUGUUUGAACACCGAUUGUGCUUGAGGCGUCCGACCCUUCUGGUAGUUAAGGAUCUCUUAAAGCUUUUUACUCUUAGCCACACCAAUCGAGAGGAAGAGGAACCUGGACCUCUUCUCCCAGGGGGAGGCCUUUUCUGUGAUCCAUCCUAAAGAAAUGAUUCGCACAAUCUAUGUUUUGCUCACAGUGAUUCUCCCCUGCCCCUUUUUAUGACUCCUCUGUGUGCAAUUUUGUUCCACUUUCCAAUAAAGACUAUGAUAGAAUGUA